AUGAAUAGAUUCAAUCAUCCUAUUUUGAGAACGGCAUUCAGCAAGUCCAAAUGGAAUCUUUCAAAGUACACCUCCCCUUUAUUCAGGCCAUCAUACGCAAGAACCAUGAUUCCUCUAAGAACGUACUCUUCCACUCCGAGCCUGACAAAGGAGAUAAUUUACGACAGAAUUGUUGAGAUAUUAGAGUCUUAUGAUAACGUCAAGCAGGGAAGCACGAUAUCUCCCGCCGCCUCAUUUUCGAAAGACUUAGGACUAGAUUCACUUGACACUGUUGAAGUACUUCUUGAGUUGGAGAACGAAUUUUCUAUCUUGAUACCUGACAAUGAGGCUGACGAAAUUAAGACUGUACAGCAGGCUGUCGACUACAUAGCUGCCCAAGAAGAUUCCAUUUGA